AUGAAGUCUUCCCUCGCCGUCGCUCUAUUGACUGCGAGCUUGAGCUCCUCCGCCAUCGCCGCGGUAUCUCAAGUUUGCCCGAGUUCUGAUUCCAACCUUUGUUACUCGUUGAACGUUCCCGAUGCCACGGCCAGCUCCGGAAGCGGCGACAUUUACUUCCAGAUUUCUGCGCCGUCAACAUACUCAUGGGUCGCCUUGGGCCAGGGCAAGGGCAUGUCGGGCUCCAACAUGUUCAUCAUUUACUCCUCGGCCGAUGGACAGAAUGUCACCCUGUCCCCCCGAUUGGGCAAAGGGGAGGUCAUGCCGUUGCACGACACACAAGCACAGGUCACGUUGCUGGAAGGCUCUGGUAUCAAGGAUGGCAAGAUGGUCGCCAAUGUCAAGUGCACCAGCUGUAACUCGUGGACGGGAGGAAGCAUGGAUUUUACCCAAUCGAGUGUAAGCUGGAUCUACGCCGCGAAAACCGGCCCCGCCCUCAAUUCCGGCGACGUCGAGGAGUCGAUUGUGCAGCACGACCUGUACAGUGCAUUCAAUUGGGACAUGUCCACCGCCAAAGGAGGCAGCAGCAUCAACCCUUUUGUCAGCACCGCUGCCAACGGGGGCUCCGGUACGGGUACCGCCACUGCUCCCACAACCGUCGUCUCAUCGUCUUCGGGCGGCGGACGCAAGAUUCCGAAGAACUUCCCGAUGAUCCUCAUGGCUCACGGAGUCAUGGCUGCCGUGGCCUUCACCCUGAUUUUCCCCAUCGGUGGUAUCAUCAUCCGAGUCGCAAACUUUCCCGCACUUCCUUGGGUGCAUGCUGCCAUCCAGAUCAUUGGCUGGUUGAUCUACACGGCCGCCUUUGGGUUGGGAGUCUACAUUGCAACCUGCAGGAACUUGAUCACCACCCACCAUCCCAUCAUCGGCAUCAUCAUCUUCGCCCUCCUCGUCUUCCAACCCGUCCUAGGUCUCCUCCACCACCGAUCAUUCCAGAAGACGGGCAAGCGAGGCAUCUUCUCCUUUGCGCAUUUGGGAGUCGGCCGUGUUGCCAUCAUUCUGGGAAUCAUCAAUGGUGGCCUCGGCUUGCGACUGGCGAACAAYGCCAAACAGCACUGGCUCAUCGUCUAUGGUGUUGUUGGAGGUGUGUUUGGCGUUGCUUAUAUUGCGUCGAUUGUGUYUGGAGAGACCAAGAGGGCCAAGAACAGAAACGGCGAUUCACUGCAUGAGAAGAAGAACGUCAGUGAUAGGGAGGGGAGUGUUGAGUCGGGCAUCCCGCUUCAUCAUCGAUGA